AUGAUGCGUUUGCGACACUUUUUGAGUUUUCAACGAUUACUACACUCAACAUCGAAAUGCACAGAAGCAGCAAAGACAAGUAAAGAAAAUCUACCUUCAAGCUCUUUUCUGCGGGAUUUUGUAAAAACGACUCGUGAAAAAGAAAAACUAGCUCAACUCAUUACGGAAAGACAGAUGUUAGACGAAUUCUUCAGCGAAAACGAUUUUCGUCCGUUAAACGACACUGAUUGGCAGCUACUACUCAAAAUGACAUAUGCACAGGAGAGAGCGGAGUAUUUUUUAUCACUACGUCGCGGGUUAGAGGCUGAACAAACCAAAGAAGAGUAUAUUCAAACUCAACAAGCGAAAUUUGACGCGGGGGAAAUGGUCUAUGGCAAAAAUUUUCAUAACUUGAUUGAGCUGUUUGGACGAGAUUUUCGAGCGGUGAUUGACAAAGUUUAUGGAUCUCGAAUUAUCAGCAAAGAAAAAACCGACACACUGUCAAAUUUAAUUGUCGAUUGUCGCUAUUUAAGUAACUUCACAGCAGCAACUCAACAUUAUUUUCUUCGGCAAUUUGAGACGAUUCACACCAACAAUUGGUUCAGCAAAGAUCCAUUCAAGGGAUCUAAUUUUCUCUAUGGACCUGAACGGCUUAAAGAAGAGAAUGCGGAAUCAUUUGCUGAAAAUGAGACUUUCACCCAAAUUCCUUUCCGCCCGACAUUGUCGAACAAACGUUUGUCUGAUCACGCGGAUCUGCAUGGAGAUUCGGCCAUGUACGUUAGCUGGAAAGCGACGAGAUUUUUGCCAGACGAACCUCCGGCUAAUCUGAAGGAUAUUAUUAUUUGUGCGACUGAUGAUUACCACCCAGCCACAUCGUCUUCCACUGCUUGCGCUGCGGAGAAAAUAGUACCCUAUCGAAUUCCUCUUGAAAAAUUUUCAAGAAGUUUGCCAACUACUCGCACAGCUCCUAUGACUUUGGCAACAGCUAUACAAAUUUUACGAGCCUGGACUACAGGCACUGGUUGGGAAAGAGCCAUUUCAGAGAAUAUGGUUUCUUUGAGACUAACUGAUGCGGAAUGGAAAGCAAAAAGGGAUAUUUCGGAACGAACAAAGCUUUUUAAAAUGGCGAUGCUUGACUCGGAAAUAAUGUAUAGACAACACAGAAUAGACGAGAAACAAGCGCAAUUGAAUGAAGGCUCAAAAAAGCAACUCAGCGAUGACACUCAUUUGCGUCCGAAGAUUAAGCAUCGAUAUUCGCGAGAGGAGCGAAAUACCCGAAGAGCGUCUGAAGCCGCUGCUCAAUUGAAAACGACCGGAAUUUCGGAUAAGGCUCUUCACUUU